AUGGAGAGGCGACGACACGCGGACAACGUGAUGGAUCGACAUCGACGUAGUCGAAGCUUUAGCCCCGUAUCCUCACGUCUUCGUUAUCAAUUACAUCGACAUCAUACACGACCACCUCCAGUAUCGAGCUCAUCACGUCGACGUCGUCCCCGACGCUCUACGAAAGAAUCUGACUAUAAACCCGAUACAAACAAUAAGGGUCGAAGUCGCACUUGCUCGCCUCAUGAUCGACGUUUUAUGAGACGAAGAACAGAUUUAAGAGCACCACGAUCGAGAUCAAGGCCAAGAUCGGAGCGUAGAAACUCAGAUACUCGAUCACGUACAGGAUCAAACGGUAGCUACCGUCGUUACCGUCGUUAUACUAAUCGAAAAACGAGGGCAUCAAGAAGCAAUAGUCAGACACGCGGUCGACGUAAAAGCUCUGAGACUGAUUACAACAAUCGUCGUCACUCGACACGCGGCAAGAACAAACAGCGGCGACGUGACUCGAAUCACGAGCGUGAGCUAUUGCCACCCCUACCAUCUGCUGUGCAAAAAGAUGCUAGCGAGGAUAGUGCGUCACAUGACGACACAGUGGGUAGUUAUGCCGGUAAAUCCGGAGAAUAUAUUGCAAACCGCUACAAGAUCAUUCGCGAGGCUGGACUGGGCACGUUUGGCCGAGUGCUCGAAUGUCUGGACAAACAACGCAAUAUUGUAGUGGCUAUUAAGGUGGUUCGCAAGGUAGACAAGUACACGGAGUCAGCCAAGAUUGAGGCUGCCAUUCUGCAGGAGGUAAAUGACAAGGACAAGAACAACGAAUCGCUUUGUGUUCGUAUGUUCAAAUGGUUUGAGUACAAGGGCCACGUGUGCAUGGUGUUUGAGCGACUGGGUUGUUCCCUAUACGACUACUUGAAGAACCACGAUUACAAGCCGUUCCCGUUGCAUUGCAUUCGCGCCUACGCGUGGCAACUUUUGACGUCGCUGGAGUUUAUUCACAGCAUACGGCUUAUUCAUACAGACCUCAAGCCUGAAAACAUACUGUUGGUGGAUGACGAAGAGGAGAGACUUUCUUGUGAUUCUUCGUCGCCAUCAUCGACAUCUUCGUUUGGCUCACCCGGUGGCUCUUCAGGACGCGAACACUGGUCUAAUGGACGCCAGUGGAAAAAGCGUGAGCGCACGGUUUCUGAUGAUGAGUCGAAGAGCUCCAUUAUUAAUACGCGUCAGUAUCGUUCCCCCGAGGUAAUCCUCGGGCUUGGUUGGAGUUACCCGUCGGAUAUCUGGUCAGCCGGCUGUAUUAUCGCAGAGCUCUACUUGGGUGAAUUGCUAUUUGCGACCCACGAAAACAUGGAGCAUCUUGCUCUCAUGGAACGCUGUAUCGGGCCACUUCCUACGAAAAUGGUUGCCCAAGCAUCAAAGCAUUCAGUCUCAUCCAAGUUUUUUCAUCGCGGGCGGCUCAACUGGCCUGCUGGUUCGUCGAGUGACGAAAGUGUAGAUCACGUGCGGAGGAUGCGACUGCUGGCGGACUUGAUUUCCCGCGAGGAUGCCAAAAGUGGCCUCCUUGAGCUAUUGCAGCUCAUGCUGGUGCUGGACCCUGAAAAUCGGGUGACAGCUAAAGAAGCUCUCAAUACCCCGUUUUUUGAUGGAUUCUCGUAUCGCAACAUCGCGCGAGCCGAUCGCCAUGUUAGAUCGUGGUAA